AUGUCUACGCUCGCGAAUUCAUUCACUAGCUCUGCUGCCACUGCCAUUAUUGUUCCUGGCAAGCCGAACCCGCUAACAAUUUCGUACCAGCGCCUACGUUCUGAUGUGAAUUCAUUCCAAGCGAAACUGGCCAAGCUGGGAAUUUCACCUGGAGCUGCUGUUUCAAUUGCGCUGCCCAAUUCGUACGAAUUCAUUGUAUCUUUUCUGGCUGUGUCAUGGCAGAGAGCCAUUGCGGCUCCUCUGAACCCUGCAUAUAAACAGGAAGAAUUCGAAUUCUACAUUGAUGACUUGAGUUCGGCAUUAACGCUCAUCCCAAAAGGCUCCUUUGCGAAAGAUGGGCCGGCUGUACGUGCUGCGAGGAAAUACUCUGCUGCUAUUGCCGAAUGCUACUGGAACGGAGUGGACGUGGUUUUGGACGUGAGAGAGUAUGGAAAAUUUGCCGGGAAGUGUGAUUUAAAGAAGGAAACGGCUCAGCCUGAUGACAUCGCAUUGGUGCUCCAUACCUCAGGCACUACUGGUAGACCAAAAGCUGUACCCCUUACCCACAGGAAUCUGACAAGGACCAUGAGAAACAUUCAAAUGACAUACGACUUGACGGAAAAGGACCGAACGCUGCUCAUAAUGCCUCUUUUCCAUGUUCACGGGUUGCUCGCAGGGUUCCUGGCACCUCUUUUGUCCGGCGGCUCAGUCAUUGUCCCUGAAAAAUUCUCAGCUUCGACAUUUUGGUCUGAAUUCAUUACGUACAGCGCGAACUGGUACACUGCAGUACCUACCAUUCACCAGAUUCUCCUUAAAACGCCACUCCCGAAACCUAUGCCAAAAAUUCGAUUCAUUCGCUCCUGUUCCUCCCCAUUGUCCCCAAAGACCUUCCAUGAAUUGGAAAAGACUUUCCACGCUCCGGUACUAGAAGCGUAUGCAAUGACAGAAGCAGCCCAUCAGAUGACGAGCAAUCCUCUUCCUCCAGGGAAGAGACAGCCAGGUACUGUUGGGAUCGGCCAGGGAGUGGAAGUUAAAAUUCUUGACGAAGAUGGAAACGAAGUUCCUCAGGGAUCUGAGGGCGAGAUCUGCAUCCGUGGGGAGAAUGUUACCAAGGGAUACCUUAACAACCCUGCUGCUAAUGAAUCCUCUUUCACAAAGUCUGGAUUUUUCCGCACUGGCGACCGAGGAAAAAAGGACAAGGAUGGUUACAUUUUUAUAACGGGGCGCAUUAAGGAGCUGAUCAAUAAGGGAGGCGAGAAAAUCAGCCCUAUCGAACUGGACAACACGGUUGCUUAUCACCCCAAUGUAGCGGAGGCGGUUUCUUUUGCCAUUCCCGAUCCUCACUACGGCGAAGAUAUUGGGGUAGCAGUUGUGUUGAAGAAAGGUGGAAAUCUGUCAGAAGACAUGCUGAAGUCAUGGAUUGCGCCUAAAGUUGCAAAAUUCAAAAUUCCCAAAAAGCAAUGUGGCUUGACCAUGAAUGGGUUUCUAUCGUAUUUAUAUACAUCAAGCUAA